AUGCAGGAACAAAAGAAGGACAGGUUUGGAUUGCUGGACACGUCCGUCCCAGAGUUGGAGCGACCCCCCCAUUCCAAUGGCACCCCCUCUCAUCAACCCCCCAGCUCCCUAGACAAGGAACUCAAUGUCUUCCAGCCGGAGAGCAGCCAGAGAAAGGAAGGGGCGAGCAAAAACCCUGCACGGGCGCGCCACGUCACCAGCGCCGGGCCCGGGCGCGCUGCGCUGCGCUCCGCGGGGCGAGGAGCCCGGGAGCCGGGCAGGGCCGCCGCCGCCGCGCCCUUCUUCCCCGCGGAGACCGGUGGGCAAAGGGCUGACGGAGUUCAAAGGCACGUAGAUGCUGAGUUCCAGAACACGGUGGGGGAGGGCUCCAGCCCCCCAGAUUCUCCUAAGAUGGCUUGUCUUUUGGGCAAGGCCAUCCUGAAGCAGCCUCCUUUGUUCCUGGUGUCCUGGAAGACGGCAGCUGGCACUUCUGACGCUGGGGAAGAGCAUAGGUGGCCACGUGUGAAUGAACACCUUCCAGCAAUGGGUGCCCCAGGCCGCCCACAGCCACCCUGCCCCUUUCCUUCAACCCUUCCCCCCAUGUGCUCCAGAGGCAGCUCAAGCCAUGGAGGACUCUGCUCCAGGAAGCCCAGGAAAUGCCACUUGUUCCUGUCUCCCAGGGCCUAUGUCCCCUCCAAGAUCCUCGCACUUGUUCUUUCACAUGGGGACCUGAGAGGUGAGGAGCCACUACCCAACUUUACACCUACUCUGCCUCCGUACGUGCUGCGAAGGGAAACUGGCUUUGCUCGGCAAGGUCUUAACCACUAAGCCAUCAUCACUCCAGCCGGACUUCGUGGCUCUUUAAGGAGCUGCACCCACCCUUGGAUCCGGAGGAAUCUUCAUGUGGGAGAAGCAGGACGUUCUUUUGAGGGUUUCCCAGUAUGCCCAGUGCAGCAAGCCGACUGCUGACUCUUCCGGACUGUCAAGACGAAAAAGAAGACCUGGCUUCACCCUGUGCCCUCAGAAGAGCCUUCCUGGACUACGAAGGGGCUGGCUCCCAGCAACAGGAUGUGGACAGAAGCAGGGGCACAGCCUGGGAGAGCUUCUUCCCAGGGCCACUGGAGAGAGCCUGGCUGCCUUGAUGCCACUGGCUCCACAAGCUGACCAGCCAGGGGUGCCCAUGGGUCCCCUGCCCCAUCCCAUGUCUAAUAAACAGUCUUGUAUAUGAAGGACAA